UUGCCAUCCUAGAUGGUCCCAGACAUGCUCUAUUGGGUUAAGGUCCGGGCUACGUGCAGGCCAAUUCGGGGUAGGUAUCUCGACCUAUUCUAAGUACUGCCGAAUCACUCUAGCAGCGUGUUGUCACCGAUAUGAGGCAUAUAGGGCACUACAUGGGGCUCUAGGAUAUUGGUUAUGUACCAGUCAGCAUUUAGUCUACCAUCAUUCACUGGUACUAACUCCGUGCGACACUCGAAAGAAAUUCAUCACCAAACCAUGAUAGAGCCACCACCAAAGCUUUAAUUUUGACAAAAAUUAACCUGAUCGUGCCGUUCACCACGUCGCCUAUAUACUGAUACACGCCUAUCUGAUGAAUCUUGAAAUCUUGAUUCAUCCGUGUAUAAAAUAUUGGACCAAUCUUGAAUAUUCCAAUUUGCCUGUUCUCGAGCAAAUUCCAAUCUUGCUAUUCGAUGUUCUCUAGUAAGACGUGGACCUCUAGCUGGCACUCUUCCUCUUAUACCUGCUUCUCUCGGCUUAUUUCGAAAUGUUUGUAGGCUUAUGUUAGCCAACAGAUCUGUUUGCAGCUUUGGAGAGGUGGUAUGCCUAAUUCUUAACCCCGUUAACCUCAAAUAACGAUCAUCUACUACCGAAGUUACCCUUCCGCGGCAUUGUCCGGGUCUUCUGGUUAGCUGCUCUGAUUUUUGGUAGCGAAUAACAACUCUGGAUAUGGUGCUUCGUUGAACUCCAAUUACCCCGGCGACGUAUCUUUGACUGCGGCCAUCUUGUAUGAGCGCGAUGAUUCUAGCGGCUUCUUCAUUCGUCACAUGUCUUGUUAAACGUCGAGGCACAUCCAUUAUUAACAAAAUAAAUUCAAAUUUUCACUACACAAUAACACAAUUUGCUUAGAAAGUUCUCGAUCUCAAAUCAUUCUCCAAGACAGAAUUGAUUUACUCGAACAUCUUUGCUUCCAAAAAAAUUUGUAAGAAAUUGUGAUAUUGUUUGCCCAUGAUAAGAAAACAGAAAUAUCUAUUAAGUUAAUACAUAUACAGAUUGUCCCAAAAAAACUAAAAUUAAGUAUUAAAAAUAUCCUAAAAUACCAGUGAUGCGAUAAUUUUUUUGGUCUGUAUAUUUAUCACUUUUCUCUAAUUCUCUGAUUCUGUCCUUUCAGUCUGCUUCAUCUUCAAGUGUCGAAUAUUCGGUCAUUUCGUUUUCUAUUUUGGAAAAAAGUGUUGCAUCUUUAUAUUUUUGAAUAUUAUCAACUCAUAUUGUUUUUAUCGCGUUGUUAUACAUGUUAUCACGAAGAGGCUGAUACGAGAAUUUUCUUCCACUUGAAAAAAUGUUCAUCUCCCCAAAAAAUUUCCAUUAAAUCUAUAGAUACUAUAGAUAGUUGUACACAUCUACACGAGUAUUAGGUCGGACUCUUCCGGGCUUCCCUGCCUUCACAAGAUCUGAUUAUACGAGGUCUGGCUAUUAAAUAACGAGACUGGUUACGAAAAAGGGUUUUAUUAUAAAAAUUCUUCUACAUUGGAAUACUGUCCUCCCCUCGCCACACACCUUUCCCUACGUUUUUUUUUUCAUUGAUCGAAGCAGUGCAGGAAGUCUUCUUUGGUGAAGGUCUUCAGAAGCACUGCCGUUUUUUGCUUUACCGCUUCCAUCGACUCAAAUCGGGUCCCUUUUUGAAGUAGAUCUUUUCAAGGAAAUCUGAGGAGACCUGUGGACGCAUACGACAUUUUUCGUGUGUAAUUCCUCGUGUAAAAUUUUUGUAACCGUUUCUUUAUCAUCAUCCGAAUGCUCAUUCGACGAUCUGCACGCAAAAUUUGAUUGAUUUUGGUCACUGUUUCCGGAGUUGAAACAAUCACAGGGUGACCUGGGCCCUGGUGAUUUUCAGUGCUCUAUCGGUACUUACUAAAGCGCUUACACCGCUCAAAAACACGCGGACGAGUUGGAGAAUUGUCCCCAUAGGUCUUUUGCAACAAUUUAUAGCACUCAGUCGAUGUUUUUUUUUUUCAAUUUAACGAGAAAUUUGAGAUUGAUACGUUUUUCCGGCACGAGAAAAAAAUCGUUCGUUCCAAACCGCUACUGCAUAAAUACUAUAAUAGUAACGGAAACGUGUUUUGAGACGUGCAUAGACAAGAUAUCUAGAUACCCAAAGCACUACUCGUUUUUAACCCCACCCGUGUACGGCGCCUUCUAGUUGCGCAGCCUCGCUAUUUAAUAGCCAGACCUCGUACAGUAGAUUUUGUUCGCAAAGGAAAAAUCAAACCAGUCAACAUUUUAAUACAGAAAUUGAACAUUUUACGUAUCCGAAAAACAUGAAUGACGAAGAGAAAACAGAUUUUAUGCAAAGAUUUACCAACGAAAUGUAUAAUAUAGACAAAAAUAAUGUUGAUACUGCAAGAUUUGGGUAUAAAGACCCAACAGCACCUUCAAAAGUUGAAGAAAUUCUUGGCCAAUUAAAUGGAGAAGAAACUGAAAACUCGGAAAAUGAAAACCGUUGUGAUAUCGAUGAAAUUGAUUUCGACGAUUAUCAAUAAUAAUAUACUAAGUUUGAGAAUAAACUCCCGUCAAUUAUUUUAUUGUUUGAAUUACCGGCUCCUGGACUAUCAAGUUCAUUUUUGGCGUUUUGCGCUACCCAUUCAUUCCUCAUUUACACUCUAAAACCGGGCGAAGGCGAAACGACAACCAGCAGCGGUAGCCGAUCUUCCACCAGAUCUAGUGUGCUAUGUGUGUUUAUACUACUACGCGCUUUCAUAACAAACGCUAAUCGACAUGCGAAUGGGCACAUUCAAUCAGUGCCGGCUAGAUUGUGAUAUGUGUAUACGCAGCGCGCGAAAAUCGAAAAAUGUUUAUUCAGUGCCUCGUCGUUCAAGUGCGAUAUUUGAAAGCCGUGUCGGUUUGUGUAAAAUGUUAAUUACGUUGAUUUACGGUUUAGUUUGUUAACUGCGUGUCAAUAUUCAUUAAUGUUUUGGAAUAUAAAGUGUGCGUUGAUAAUUUAGAAGUUUUCAAUGGAAUUGCGGAAAUGUGUCUUAUGGUUAACGUAAAAAAUGAAUAAUGAAUCCGCGUAUGGUUAUGAUUAAUAAUAUUUUUCAAAAAAGUUUAAUUGAAAAGAUGCGAACUUCUCGUUUAAAACCUAGUGACGAACUUUUCGAAAAUCCAUUAAUUUGAAAUGACUCAUUAAAUAAACAUAUCGUUUGAAUGUGAUUAACGUGGAGUGUUUAUAAAACCCGUCAUGGUACGUCAUGUGGAAUUAGGAGCAGCUGCUUGGGAUAACGGAGCCCUAGCAGAAGGGGUGUGGGAAUAUGUCAGCGACCUGGUCAAGUCAUACAGGAGUCAGGAUGGCUCACAGGAUCUGGAACCGUACAAGAUGGCGUCGCUUCCGCUUUCCCGAGGCUCCACGUAUUCAAGUUCAGACUCGGAUGAUUCAGAUGCAGAUAGCGCGAUGUUGGCUUCCUGUAGCCUCCAAGAAAUCCGCCAAGAAGAUCUAGCUGCUAUUUUACCCGAUCAACAAGAAAUCGAUGCUUUCGAUUUCGAAUGUAAUCGAAGCGAUAAAAAUUCGCCGGCUACAGGAGACAUGUCUGGUUCGGACAUGGAACUACCUCAACAAGCGGUUAACGCGCUAAUACAGAGGACAACUGAGAGUUCCAGCGAAGGCGAAACGCAUGCGCCACCAAAUCCGGGCAGUUUAUACGCAAAUAGCUUAUUACAACAGUUCGUGGCGCAGACGCAGAUGUUAAAUACCCCUUGUCCUCCAAUACCGACUGUAAGUGAGGCAGUUAAACCUUCAACUAUUUCGACAACUAAUUUGGAUGCUCAAAAUGGCAAACCGGAUGCGGAAAUUGCUAAGAAAAGGCGAGGUAGACCGAAAAAAGCUGAAAAAGAUACUAAUCAAACGGAAAAAACUCAAGAAUAUUGCACCAACCCUAACGUUUCCCCCGAUUCCGGUAUACAAAAUAGCCCGGAUCACGUUUCAAGUCCAGAACCAAGUUUAUCCCCUAGUAUAAAACAGAAACCAACAAUUCCAAAAGAGGAACCUAAAAAGGUGGAAAAAUCCCCACCGAAAAUGUUAAAAAACGAUAAAACUGUGACUAGAACUAAUAAUAAUCUUAAACAAGUACCCGGUGUUGUUAAUUCGAAAGAAAUGAGUAAAAUUCCAGUAACUUCCAAUAGAUUUGAUAGAGUAAUGUACGGUAAUGCCGAUAGAGUAUUAUACCCACCGAGGAGAAAAGCGGGUAGACCGCCUACAGUUAAAAAAGGACCCGGUAGACCACCGAAGCAUAGAAUAACUUCCAAUACCGAUGCAAACAAUAAAACCUUAGACAAAUCUAAAGAAAAUCAACAAAAAGUAAAGAAAGGAAGAGUACUCAAUAGGCCGGUACUCAGUACGAAAAAUAAAAUAGAUAAAAGAAAUCGCUACCAAACCCUUAAAGUUCCCAAAUUGAUGCACAGUAAACAUAAACAUAAAAAGCAUAAAAAGUACAAAUUCAAAGUAUUAAAACCACUUACGACAUCAGAUCCCAAGAUAAAUAUAGAUAUCGACAAACUGAUUGCAGAUUUUAUUAAGUACUGUGCUAUAGCAACCAAACAACCUAAAGAAAAUGUACCAGAACAAAUAAUGAAAACGUUAAAGAAAGUUACUAAAAAAAGAAAAACAACCGAACAUUCAGAAAAGAAGAAAAAGAAACAAAACGUCAGUACUGCAGAUAACAAAGUAAAUAAUUCAAACGAACAACGUUUACCUCUCAAAAAGAGGCAUUACCAUCUAUUAAACAGUAACGAUAACAAAACGGAUGCGGAAGAAAUUAAAAUAGAACCCGAAGACAUUAAAACCGAAAAAAAUAAAUUAAAACAACCAAUACAGUCGUCCAAAAUUGAUAAACCGAAAUUAGGUAAUACAACUCCUAAAAGUGAAAGUCAGAGAGCACCAGUUUCUCCUAAGCACGUUCCAGUUAUUAAAACAAACGCUACUUCUUCACCUAAAGUACAAAAUAAUAAUAACAACGAAUACGAAGUGAAAGAAAAUACAAAAACUAUUAUAAAAGAAGCGAAAACUAUAACAAAAGAAGUAAUUAAAGAAAACGCCAAAUCAUCUCAUAAAGAAUCUGCAAAAAUAACGGUCAAAGAAACAGUAAAACAGUCUGCUAAAGAACAAGUAAAACCAAUCGUAAAAGAAACAAAACCAGCAGGAAAAGAUGUAACAAAAACUACAAGUAAAGAAAUUAAAAAAGAUACAGGAACAAAACGCGAUAGCCAUAUUAAAGAAGCAAUCGAAGCUUGCAUAAAUCGUUUUUCCGAUGAAUUACCAACAUCUCCUAAUUCUAUUGAAAAGAAAACAAAUUCAAUUACCACAACUCCUAAAAAACGACAUAGAUUAGAAAUGGUAAAUUCUAUAGAACAAUUAGACGCCGUAAUAAAAGUAGAGCCUGUUUCAACAACCGAAGAAGAAGAAGAAGAUAAACCGAAAAUAAAUAUCGAAUCGUUUAUAACCGAAUUGAAAGCCAAAAGGAAUCUCAUCGCUAAAACCUCGACAACCGUUGACAACAAAAAACUAAUAGAAAAAAUAGAAGAAGUUAAAAAAGAACAACCAGUCAACGAUCAAAGUACCAAAUUAUCUCCUGAAUCUGCUAAGAAGAAAGUAAGAAAAAGAAGAGCCAUCAAUAGAACCGGAUUUCCGACUGUAAAAAAGAAAAAAAAGAAAACGAUCGUUGAAUGCUCAAUACCAUUACCAAUACAAUCUUUACCUUCCAACGCUUGCGAUCGAGUACCCAAGGAAGGUGAAGAAUACAUAAAAUUUGUUCAGAGAACGGAAAAAUCCGAAAUUUCAGUAUCCACGCCAGUCACACCGGAACAAGAUAAAAUAGACGAUUCUUCCCGUUGGGAAUUGAUGAGCGAAUGCGAAAGUUUACCCCAGGAUGAAAGGACCGAAUUCGAAGAUGAUGUUAAAUCCGAAAGGAUGACACUUCGUCAACGAGACUUUUCUCCUUCAUCAGUUGACACUAGAAGUAGUGAUCGCAGCAAAUAUAAACCGGACGACCCGGAAAACGAUCUCGAAUUAUCUCUCGAAUCAAGCAUAGAGCGUCUACGAUCCAGACUAGAAGAACGCGCGAAGCGCAAAAGGAGUAAAGAAAAGCUGUUUGAAAACAACUACCCUAAGAGGAAAUUGAGAGACGUGUCACCUGCUAGUAGUAUCGAACCAUUGAUCGAAAGAAGAUUAAAGGAGGACAGAGCGUCGACUUCGGGAGAUGAAAAGAAAGUGAGGAAAGGUUUAAGAUGGAGAAAAAAGUAUCUCGUUGCCGGAUUGUUCUCGGAUUACUAUAAAGAGGACGACGAAACUAUUCGUCAAAAACGUACCGAGAAUGCUAAUAAACCAUCCCGGAAUAUAACUUACAACGCAGCUGAUCAUCCAUACGGUCUCUUACCACCCCCGUAUCAUUGUGGAAAGUAUCUUAGGUGCAGAAAACUUCCUUUUCAAUUACCUUACGAUAUCUGGUGGCAACAUACACAUUCUCAGCUACCAGGUAGAGAUAUAGUACCGUCUUGGAAUUACAAGAAAAUUAGGACCAACAUUUACAAUGUCAAAACAACAACAGGUACUUGUGAACCUCAAUCAUGCAAUUGUAAACCUUCAAGUAACUGUGGAGAUGAUUGUAUCAACAGAUUAGUAUAUUCGGAAUGUCCAGCUUCCCAUAGGUGCCUCAAUCAAAGGAUACAAAGGCAUGAUGGAGCACCGGGAUUAGAAAAAUUCAUGACAGAAUCUAAAGGUUGGGGAGUUAGAACUAAACUACCAAUAAAAACAGGCGAAUUUAUUCUCGAAUAUGUUGGUGAAGUAGUAUCUGACCAAGAAUUUAAAGAACGCAUGGGUACAAUUUACACCAAUGAUACCCACCAUUAUUGUCUACACCUCGAUGGGGGGUUGGUAAUAGACGGUCAUCGUAUGGGCGGUGAUGGGAGAUUCGUUAAUCAUUCUUGCGCGCCGAAUUGUGAAAUGCAAAAAUGGUCUGUCAACGGACAAUUUAGAAUGGCCUUAUUUUCCCUUAGAGAUAUUGAAGCCGGCGAAGAAUUAACUUACGAUUACAAUUUCUCUUUGUUUAAUCCAGCCGAGGGACAAGAGUGCAAAUGCGGCAGUGAACUUUGUCGAGGAGUAAUCGGUGGUAAAACACAACGAGUUCGACAAUUACCUGAUCAAUCGACUGCCGAUAAAAAGAAUCCUGGUCGAGUAGGAAGACCGCGGAAAAACGAAGCGAAAAAGAAAUCUACCAACAACAACAACAAAGAAAUCGAAAAACCACCCGUGGCCCCUCAAACGUUGCCUAUUAUCCAAGUUAAACCUGUCAGUCACCAACAGAAAUGCUUCAUUUUAGAACACCAGUGCUUUUUAUUGAGAAACUUGACAAAGGUAAGGAAAGUUCGUGAUAGAUCACUCAGCACUGCUUCGGGUACAUCCAGACCACAAACCGCCACGCCUACCGAUACCAGCACAUUUAUUAAUCAAUUGAACGCCCUUCAAAAACCCAGGAAUAUGAAAACUAGAAGAUUAGCACAAGCCGAAGACGAUCCAGAACUUAACAAGACCGUUAAACUGGCAACGCUUCUUAAGGAUAUAUGGACUGCCGUAACAACUGCUAAAGAUUCAAAAGGCGAUCUUCUGAGUAUACCGUUCUUAACAAUGCCAUCAAAACGUAAAGUACCCGAAUUUUAUACCAGACUUUCUAAUCCCAUAGACCUAACUAUUAUAGAACAAAAUAUAGCUACUGGAGUGUACAAGACAGCAGAAAGUUUUGAUGAAGACUUUAACCUGUUAUUUAGGAAUUAUAUUCGUUUCUAUGGGCGUACUAGCGAGAUGGGUAUCGCUAGUGCUAAAUUAAAAAAAAUUUACACAGAUUCCAAGAGGGAAAGUUUAACAAAAUUCGAAGAUACUUUAGGAGAAAAACCGCCCUCUACGUUUGUCUCCAAUAAGAAGAAGAAUGAAGAAGAAGAUAUUAUAAGGUGUAUUUGUGGUAUACCGAGAGACGAAGGACUCAUGAUACAAUGCGAGCGUUGUAUGGUUUGGCAGCAUUGUGAAUGCGUGAAAGCUGAUGCUAGUGCUCCCAGUUAUCAUUGCGAGAUUUGCGUACCAAGAGAAGUCGACUAUGAGAUUCCUUUGAACGAGUUUACCGAGCAUGGACACAGAUAUUACAUGACUUUAAUGCGAGGCGAUCUUCAAUUGCGACAAGGAGAUACCGUGUAUGUUCUACGAGAUAUUCCUAUAAAAGGUACCGAUAAAAAGCAUACUUAUGAUACGAUAGGGAAGAUAGAAUACACCGAUUUAGACAUAUUUAGGAUCGAAAGGUUAUGGAAAGAGGAAAAGACCGGUAAACGUUUAGCGUACGGUCACCAUUACCUAAGACCCCACGAAACUUUCCACGAACCGACUAGAAAAUUUUUCCCGAAUGAAGUUAUGAGAGUACCUCUCUACGAAGCAGUGCCUGUUGAAUUGAUUAUAUCCCAUUGUUGGGUUAUGGAUGUAAAUACUUAUUGUAAAGGUAGACCUAUAGGCUCCUCUCCGGAUCAUAUAUACAUAUGCGAAUAUAGAGUUGAUAAAGGAGCUAAAAUGUUUAGCAAAGUAUCAAAAUCUAAGUUUCCCAUAUGCACGAAAAGCUUUGCUUUCGAGCACUUUGAGACGCGCUUAAAAAUAUCUAGGACGUAUUGUCCUCACGACGUCGAUGAGGCGUUUAUGAAAUCUACAGGGAGAAAACAAAAAAACGAUGAGGCAACUAGUAAAAGUGGAUCGGCAAGUGGAGGAACAAGCGUUAAACAGGAAACGCCGAGUACCAAUGUCGUACCACAAACUGUCGUUAAGACUCUCGCUGAACAAAAGGCACGUCUCAAUCGAGUUUUAUUAUCUCUCUUAAGCAAAAUGCCUACAAAGCAAGUCCUCGACGUUUCGUAUCUUUUAGAAGGAGGACGUCGGAGGAAAAAACAAACCGAUAAUGCUACUAGUAAAUAAUAGAUAAUGUUUCAUCGGUUAUUAAAAUGGGUGAUAUUUUUAGAUAUUUUCUAUUAUAGACCAGUUGAUUGAAAACGAAUUUUUACUUUCAAUUUCUUAAAAUUUGUUUUAGAAUGAUAAGGAAAAAAGUAAUCAAUUCUAAGAUUAAUUUUUUUUUAUAUAUGUAUAUGUAUAUAUAAUAUUUGAAUUUAAUAAUUUUAAUUCGUAUCAACUGGUCUUAAUUAUGUUUAAAGCAGAGAUCUGCAAUUGAUGUUUUAAAUAUUAUUGAAUAUUUUACGAGAGUUUAAUCCAUAGAAAGAUUUUUCACUUUCUAAUUUGUUGAUUCAUAAGAAAUGUUGUUAAAGGACAGUUUAAAAUCACGGAGUUGUAGUUAAAGCGAAUUUGACUUUUUUUUAAAGCAAAAAUAUGUGAAUGAAAAUAAUUCAUUACGAAAAAAUUGAAAGCGUCCUAGCACAACGAGAAAUUGUAAAAUAACAUUCAACCCUUGAUCGAAUUUUCUCAUUAUAGAUAGAAAUUUUGUCAUGGAAUAAUUAUCAUUUUUCAAAAUCAGAUUUUUUUCCAAAAUAAAUAAUAAAAAGUUGAAGAAGUAUUUACGGAUAUAUAAAUAUUCUAAAUUUGAUUGAUUUUUUUAUUUGAAUCACUUUUUAUGGAUUAACUCGUAUUGUUUUCAUGAAUAGGUGAUAUUCUAACAACAUCAAAUAUUAUAAUUUCCUCUCUUUUAUAAUUAAGUUUCGAAACACUUAUUGGUGCACUUUGUACAUUGUUCUGUUUUUUAUCUCACUUGGUAAUUUUAAUAACUAGUCAUAGUAUUGUUAAUAAGUUUUUUUAUUGAUGAGCACAUAUAUUAUUUAUUUGUACAGAGAAAAAAAAUUGUUGCUUAUAUUUUCGUGUUGAAAUUGCAUCUUAUAUUAGGUACAAACUAUUUACAUUUUUUAUAUAUACGCGAUGUCUAUCGACAGAUAACUUGUAUGUAAUUGUUUAUUUACAGGGUGAACUUUCAACAUUAACACAAAUUUUUUUCAAGCUUGUAACAGUAAAGGUUCAAAUAUAAUUUUAUAACAAGUUUGAAUGUAUUUAAUAAUUUCACGUAUAAUAAUUUUUGUCUGUGUUACUGUUUGCCAACAUGGUAGUUGUUUUAUUUAUUAAUCUAUGGAUCGAUUCCUUCUACUACCGAAGUGUAUAUGGGUAAAUACCAAGAAAUCGAUGAAAUGGAAAAAAAUCGAACAGUUCGAAAGAAGUUAAGAUUACCAUUAUAUGUAUAAGGUUAGGGAAUUGACAACUAAAAAGAAACCAAAUAGCCUACAUCCAGGUUUGUUGGAUGCCGAUGGAAAACUAAUAUCCAAAAGCUCAAAGCUUAUAAAGAUGUGGAAGACUUAUGCAGAAACUUUCUGAAUAUUGAAAUUAGUGUGCAAAACAGAAAAUCAGUUUCUUGAUAUUUUGACCACCCUUUUUAACACCAUCUAUUAUAGAGGAAAUAUUCCAGAAGACUAAUUGCAGUCAACCUUCUAUCCCUAAAAACCACAUAAAUCACAUAACGAAGUUUUUUACCAAAAUUAUACCACCUUCGCUCAAAUAGUGACAUAAGCCAAAAAACAGUCUAUCGAGUUAUAAGGGGUUUGAAAUUAAUUCUAAUUUCGAUUUUCACUUUUCGGAUGAUGAAUUAAAAACUAAUAAGGUUACCACAAUAGUAAUUAUGUAUGUGACAUUAAUUAAGAUAAAAUUCUCUAGCACCAAUGGUUCAGUGAAAGAGAUUUUCUUCAAAUUUCUAAUGAAUGCAAUUUACGAAUUUACGUAAAAAUUUAUGAAACUAUUGAAGGGUUCAUCCUGUAUAAACCCCAAUAAAAUUCUCUAACAUACUAUUAUGCAUACUUUAGGUCUUUUCAUCUUAAACAGUUUUCCCUUAUCAACAGCUCCCGUACUUGAACGGUUUGGUCUGUAAAAGGUUGACACCUUCCGAUGUAAUAAAAAAUUAUUUGAACAUUUCUUAUAAAGCCUAUCAAGUGCCGUUGAGUUAGACUGAAAUAAUUUAUUAUUUGAAAAGACCUAUAUUUACUAUUUUUUAUGGCAUACUAAUUUUUUAUUAUAUUGAAUCGCCUUUAUAGACAUACUUUAUACUAAUUUUUUUAUUGACAAAUUUGUUGUAAUUUUUUGUAAAUAGGAUUUUAUUAAAAGUGAUUUUUGAUAAAUGAUUAUCAUGGAAUUGUAAUUUUUGUAAAAAUUAUAUUUAUUUCUUUUUCACGACUUUAUUGUUAAGAUUUGUUGCUAUACACGGUGGAUUGAAAAUUAUUUCUGUAAAUGGUAUAUUUUUGACAAAACAAAUUCCCAAUACAACCAUUUUGUAUAUUCAAAUCAAUUCAAACUAUAGUUUUAAUUUUUUUGUACAGUGUGAUCACUUUAAUUCGUACACAACUAUUAAAAUUUAUGAUUCCAAUAGAACUGGUCACAAAAACGUGAAAAGUUUGUGUCAAACUUUGAAAGAUUACAUAGAAUGUUCCAAUUUUUCAUUAUUACUCAAUUUAAUCGAUUAAAAGUGUUCUGAUCAAUUCAAAACUAUUAUUUAUUAUUAAAAAUCAAAGAUAUACGGUUUAUCAUCAUCUUUACGGUCUAUUACAAGUACCAUCCAGUUUGCUGCACCAAUCUUUGUAGUAUCUUCAAAGACCCCGUCUCUCCAUCUUAGUCUUAGUCUCUCUAUUCCUCUACUUAACGUUGGUAUAACCUUAAAGUUCUUUUUUGUGGGCACGCUGUUGUUAAUACGUGCCACAUGUCCUGCCAAUCUUGAUUGUUGUUAUUACAGUAGAACUCCAAUUAUCCGAAUUAAUGGGGCCCGGGACCCAUUCGGAUAAUCAAAUAUUCGGAUAAUCGGAGUUUUUUUUAAAAAAAUUGCCAUUGGAGAGAAAAAUGUACGUUUUGAUAUUGCACUAUUUUUUUAUUGAAUUAAAUGAAAGAAACAUGAUAUUUUCACAUGUUUUAAAUAUAAAUAAAAUGUACUUAUGUACAAGUUUAGAAAUAAAAAUCAUUGUUUUUCAAACAUCUCCGUCAAUGUAAGCUGUUUUGCGUUCUUCAUCCGUUUUAGGGCAGCCAGGUCACGCAUUCGCUUGACGGUGAGCAGUUGCAAGAGGUCACACUCGGGCUGACGCUCCAUCCACUUCAAAGCAGUCUAGAGGCCGGCAAAUGCUUCACUAGCUGAUGGUCCAGCGUCUACUUCAACAUCAGCAGAAAGUUCUUCUUCCACUUCAACAUCUUCUCUCACACUUUCAACAAUUUCAUCGUCAUUGAGAAUUUGAAAACCAGGGUCAGACGUGUCACAAGCCAUCCACUCUCCUACAUCUUCAGCACUUACUUCUGUACAACCAGGAAUUUUUACAAUCAUUUUUCUUAUUUCCUCUAGUGGCAACGCAUCUUCAUCAUCUUCAUCCUCUCCAUUUUCUUGUUUCUCAUUUUCUUCAGAUUCUUUUUUUUGUUCUUCUCAGACGGUAGGCCUUUCAGUUUAUUCCACGCACGUCUUAGCGUCACUGCCGUAACCAAACUCCAAGCUUCCGCUACCAUGUAACAGCAGUCCUUUAAAUUUAUUUUGCUAUGAUUUGCCAAAACUAAUUCUUCAUCUUCAGCACCUUCGAUCAGCAGUUUUCUCAGCAGUUGCCUUCUGUAAUGGCGCUUCAUUGUUUCAAUAACAGACUGGUCCAUGGGUUGCAGCAAACUUGUAACAUUGGGGGGCAAAAACGUCGUUUUAAACUGCCCAUUCUCUUUUUCCAACAGUUCUGCUGUAGGAUGAGUGGGUGCGUUAUCAACAAUUAAAAGCACCUUACUGCCUUCUUUUCCCACCGAUUUUUGGUGCUUUUUCACUUCAGGAAUAAACACUUCAUCAUCCCAUUCGGUAAACAAAGCUGCAGUCAUCCAGGCCUUGGGUUGACUUUUGUAGAAGAGUGGAAGUUUUUUUACGUUUUUAAAUGCUCUUGGAUUUUUUGAUUUUCCUAUCAAAAGAAGUGGUAGUUUAUGAUUUCCAGUGGAGUUGGCACAGUUAAGCACUGUAACACGUUCUUUACUGACCUUAUGUCCAGGGGCACUAGAUUCCCUUUUAGAAGCCAAAGUGGUUUUUGGUAAUGCUUUCCAAACAAGGCCAGUUUCAUCAGCAUUAUAAACAAACGCCGGAUCAUAGGAUUCUGCUGCAGUUUUAAAUUUUUCAAUAAAAUUUUCAGCAGCUGCAGAGUCUGCUGAAAGCUUCUCACCAGCCAAAUCUAACUCGCGUACACCAUGCCUGAAUUUAAAGUUCCUUAGCCAGCCGUUACUAGCCUUAAAAGAUGAAUAACCAAGCUUUUCUGCUAAGAUUUUGGCUUUUUCACAAAGGAUUGGACCUGAAAUAGGAUUUCCCAUAGAACGUUGCUGCAAAAACCAUUUAAACACGGCAUCUUCCAAAUUUUUGUUGGUUGCUGUCUUCAUUGUUUUCCUGGAGGAACUUUCAUCUUCAUUUUCAAGCACCGAAACAAAGUUUAAAAGUGUUGACUUACUGUUUUUAAUGUCACAAAUUGUUGCUUGUCCAACACCAUAAAUCUCAGACAACUUCUUACCCGUUACACCUUUAUCGAGUUGCUCUAUAAUUUUCAGUUUGUCCGCUAACGAUAGCACAACACGUUUUCUUUUCGAAGCCAUGGUAAAAAACAAUACAGUACAUACAUAUUGUACACGCACAAACAAAAGUAAGCCGUAGCGAAAGAGUAACGUCCUCGAGCAAGGUCAAUAGCACACUGACUAUGUACAAUCAAAACAAACAAUGACAGGUGCGCCGUGACUGCAAUGCGCCGGAACUGGAGUGGGGACUCAUACCACGUGUUGUGCCUACACUGACUUCGCGGAGGGAAGGAUAAUAGUGAGCGAACGCGCAAACACUGGCUUCUCGGGGGGAAGAAUAAUAGCGCACUUAGACUUUUUUUGGACAAAUUGUCCAUCCAAGUCUUCUUCUGUUUCUCGUUCUUAUAAUCUGACUUCUAGUAUUCUUCUUGUUAUCUGUUCCUUACUUGUUCUUUUUACAUGUCCGAAUUAUCUUAGUUGAUUUUCUUCUAUGUAUUAUUCUACAGAUUUUGUAUUCAAUAUUUGACUGUAGUAUUUGUUUUUGACGUGAUCUAAUCAAGUAUUGAUCUCAAUUUUCCGGAGGAAUCUUAUUACUGUUGUUUGUAUCUUUUUCCUGUGUCUUUCAGUCAUUGACCAUGUUUCGGAACCAUAUAUUGGUCUAUUGCUUUUGUCUACUGUUGUCUCAGUAUGAAUAUUGCGUUUUACGUGCCCCUAUUGGGUCUAAAUCUAAACUAAGUUCCUUCUAAUUUUCCCCUCAAUAUCUUUUCUAUGAUUAAUAAUUUUUAAUGCUGAAAAAAGAAUAUAGCAAAGCUAUUACUCUUGGUUUUUUAACCACAUAGCAAAAUUUUCAAAAGGUGAAAGUCAUAGGACAGUUAAACAUAAACUGAGUGUCACAAUUCACCCCUAUUUUACUCUUUACCUAGAUGGGUGCUGUUUCAUGAAUUUGUUUUUACCACAAAAUAAUUUAUGAGACAAAUUAUAGAUAUUGAAAUUUAUUAUAGGUAGCGUCACAUUAUAUAUACAUUUUCUAUAUGAUUCUAACUUCGGGAACAUUGGAUCAAUUCCAAAUUACAAAAUUUCAAAUGUACUUCUAAUCCAAACCAAAUCAAACUAGAAAAAUUUUUAAGAAAAGUGUUAUUAUCCCUAUAGUAUGGAAAAUUUAUGUUUUUACCCCCAAUAUGUAAAGAAAUUUAUUUUUUCUUGUGAUACACUGUACGAAAAAUGCAUUUAUGUUUGCAAGAUAACUACUGUGAAAUUUUUAUAUUGUUGUAGACAUCCUGUAUACGUUGAAAAAGGGUUUUCCCUUAUUUACGAAAUGGUAUUAUUUGUAUUUAUUUAUAUAGCUGUGUAUAUAAUUUCUUUAGGUACCUAUUAUUUAUAUCAUUUAAUUUAUUUCUAAAAGAAUGGUAAUUGUUCUUGCCUGAUUGAAAGUAACAAUAUAAUAACACUAUGUUAAUAUCACAGUAGGAUAUAUAUAUAUAUAUAUACUUUUUAUGAUAAAUAAAGUUGUUAUAUUUUCUGAAAAA